GUUACAUUAUAUAUUAAUAAAUCUUCUGCUACGAUUAUUUGAAGCUGGGACGGGUCCAGGAUAAUGUGUCCCACAAUGAUUACACUUUUCAAUAAUAUUUAUUUUACAUAAUAAAGAAAAAAUAUAUGAAUUCAGCCUAAUUUAAAAUAAGAAUUUAAUUGGAUUGUCAGGUUAAAUAUAAUGAGUAAAAAAAAAUCUAAUAUAUAAUUGAUAAUAAAUUCAUUGAAGUUCAAUAAAAUUAUUUUAAAAAAAACUCAAAUAACCACUAAUUAAAUUCAUUGAAGUUCAGAAAAUAAAUAUCCAUUAUUAGCCAAUCAGGAAUUUAUAAGAAGUGGCGAUUGACGAGAUAUUCCUUAAUAAUAUAAUGGAAAAUAAUAGAACUUUUAGUAUUAUUAAAUCUCCUAAUGAGAAAAUUGAAUCUGUUAUCAAACAAAAUCAUGUACAAGCAGAGUAUGCAAAUACCAUUCUCAUGCUAAAUUCAAGUGCUAAAAAUGAUGAAAUUUUAAACCCACUACUAAAUCAAAAUAAUUUCAAGAGUAAAAACUUAGUAACCUCACUGCAAACAUUUAGUUCUUAUAAUACUGAUCCAAAGGCCACCAUUUUAUCAUUUCAUAAAUCAGAAGAAGAAUUUAUUAAUCCUUCUAUUACUGCAAAUACUAAUAAUUAUGGUCUAUUUACUAAUAAAAAUAAUAUGUAUACACCAGGAAAAUUUUUAAAUUUUGCUAAUCCUAAUAGCAAUCCUGGUAGCAAUAUGCUAGGCUCUAAUUUCUUUCCAGGUACCCCUAUAACUCCUGCAACCCCUUCAAUCGAAAGUUCAGGAAUUGUGCCCCAAAUCCAAAAUAUAGUAUCUACGGUUAAUUUGUGCUGCAAAUUAGAUUUGAAAAAAAUAGCGUUGAAUGCAAGAAAUGCCGAAUAUAAUCCUAAACGUUUUGCUGCAGUCAUAAUGAGAAUAAGAGAACCUCGAACGACUGCUCUUAUAUUCAGUUCCGGUAAAAUGGUUUGCACCGGGGCCAAAAGUGAGGAACAAUCCAAAUUAGCAGCCAGAAAAUAUGCCAGGAUUAUUCAAAAACUUGGUUUUGAGGCCAAAUUUAUAGAUUUUAAAAUUCAGAAUAUGGUCGGCAGUUGUGACGUCAAGUUUCCAAUUCGGCUUGAGGGAUUAGUAUUGACCCACAGUCAAUUUUCUAGUUACGAGCCGGAAUUGUUUCCAGGUUUAAUUUAUAGAAUGGUUAAGCCUCGGAUUGUUUUGCUUAUAUUUGUCUCAGGGAAGAUUGUUUUAACCGGAGCGAAAGUUAGGGCCGAAAUAUAUCAGGCUUUCGAAAAUAUAUAUCCGAUUCUUAAAGGGUUUAGAAAAUGUUGAAAGAUGAAAUUUCGAUUUUAUAAAUUAUAUAUAUUUUUUUGUUAUAUUAGUUAUUUAUCAAAAAUGUUAACCAAACUACUAUAAUAAAAU